GGCCGCUGCUCACGCACCCGCCGCCCGGAGACGUCGCCUUCUCCCCCGCCCGCGUCUGCGCAGUACGGGCUUGUUUGGAUGCAGCCCUGCCAGGCAGCACGCCGCCCAGGCAGCGAUCCUGACCCAGGCCACCAAAAUCGGACGUCUGAGCUCGCUGCCUGGGCCAGGCAGCUUUGCCAGGGUACCAAGCAAACAAGCCCUACAAGCCCCCGCCGCCGACGGAGACGUCGCCUUCUCCCCCACCCGCGUCUGCGCCGUACAGGCCCCCGCCGCCGACGGAGACGUCGCCUUCUCCCCCGCCCGCGUCUGCGCGGUACAAGCCCCCGCCGGAGACGUCGCCUUCUCCCCCUCUGGCGUCUGCGCGGUACAAGCCCACGCCCCCGCUCUGGCCACAGCAGCCCGCUUCUCCGUCGACGAGAAGCAACGUCGAGCAAGAGAGCGGAGGGCGCACCGGCACCACCGGGGACCUCAGCGACAGCGUGGAGCCCCGCGGCCGGGACCAGGCGCUAGCUCCGCCGCAGCCCUAUUCUCGGCCGCAGGCGCCUACCGCGGUUCCGAGCAGCAAAUCAGAGGGGACGAGUGGAGGGGGCGACCAUGACAUUAGCCGAGACAAUUUCGAGGCAGGAGCCGCACCAGGGACCCUGCGGCCACCAACGGAUUCAACGCCUCCCCGACGGCGACGAGGAUGCUGCCUGCCGCGGGUUCAAGCCCUGAGGCCGACGGGAGGAUCGUGACCAACCCCAUACGAGCACACAUGCUGUCGGCAGCCGCAACAACCCUCUUCUUCCGGUUUCAAAUCGACCCAACCACGAGAACGGCCGAAGUUUCAAGGAAUGUACGAGUCCGGCAUGGGCGAUGUACUGCCUGAUGGUGUUGUUCAGUUGAGGGUUGCUGUGUGUGGGUUCUCACUUUACGGGAUCGUGUCACUCUUCGGGAGCACACAAGGACUAGUCAAGGACUUCUGCCCCAAUCUUCAGGUGCUCGUGUUUGUCGGCAUUGGCUUCAUCUGGGCCAUGGCAUCCAUUACGAAUUUUUGGAGAGAAGAUGGUGUUGCUAUUAACGUUUGGUCUGCCGUGGGUACUGUGUUCUUGAUAGCUUUUGCCACGAUCGGUCAUGCUCUUUCAUGGGUUUUGAGCGGGAUUUAUGGUGAGACUGAGAGGAAGCCAGCACAGGAACGCUCCUGAGAUGCUGAAACUUCGGAUUCUGAUAAAUCUUGACCUGAAAUGUGUACAGCGAAUACGAGUGGAUAUUGCUGACUCAACAGGGGGAGCUCUUUUGUUGACCAGAGGUGUUAGCUGGAAUGUGACUUGAGCAGAAUACCGCAGGAUCUCAACUCCUUCCGUCCUCUGUUUUUCCCUUUUUUUGCUUGCUUGCGCAAGGACAAGGCCGAGAGUCUCCCUGCUUACCUUUUCACCCUUGGUGACACUGUCAUGCACACUUCUACGCUUUAACAAAGGCAACGCCAGUAAAUGAGCACAAAGCAAUUUCAUGGAUGAA